UUUUAUAUUGUUAAAAUACAAUUGUUUUAUAGUUAUUUGCAAAUAUCACACGUGUAAAGAAUAAAAAAUAUCAAAUCCGAACUUUUUUGGAUGGCCCACUUUGCCCCUAAUUUUCGAUUUUACAAUUUUAACGGGCGCAGCAUAAUAAAUUGAAAAUUAGUAUCAAGGGUCUAAAAAGAAGUAAACGCGUAAAAAAAAUUAAUGAUUACAAUUAUUUUUCUUAAGGCGCCCACUUUGCCCCCCUCUCCCUACGCACAUGGACAAAAGCAAAAUAAUAAAUAAUUAAAGUAAUCAUGUAUGAGACAGCAGUAAAAAAUUUUUAUCCUUUACAACCGGACGUAUAUAUUUUAUAUAAAUUUAAAUAAAUUAUUAAUAGAGGCCGUGUCCACUUUGGCAAAGUGUCAAUUAUCGACACCCUGAAUAUAAGUUGUUAUAAAAAUUUUAAUAAAGACUGUGGUCUGACUACUGACUAUUGAUAUUGUGUGACAUGAAUUACCUUACAAGUUAUUACAAGGAGAAGGUAAUUGUAAAUGAGAAUUUAAUCGACUUGUAUAAUAACAAUAACUGUCGUUUUUUUUCCACAAGGAAAAUUUAUUUAGCAGCCUCAAUCAUCUAUGAGUAGAGUCUAGAGUGUAGAGAGAAUAUUGCGAACCGCGCGAACCGAAGAUGGCGACUACGAUUCACCGUUGAUAUAACAAUGAUACCGUUGGUUAAUGCUGGUCCAAUCAACGAUCCCUCCACGACGACCUUGGCCACGCCUCGCGGUAUAUUUCAACUGGGGGUAAAGCUUACCGCGAGUUUUUCUUAUUCCAUCCCCACUACCUAAAAACAACACAAUACAUUAUGUGCUGUGUACAAACCUACUCGCGGUCGACGCGGGGAUUUCGCGCAUGCAUCGCGACAGUCAUCCGCCAGCUAUCUUGGCGUCAACACUAUGUCCGUUUGAAAUUUAUUUAUUAACUCGAUUUAAUAAAUAUUAACUGUGUAUUUAGAUUUUUACUCAACUGUUACCUCGUGUAAUAUUAUAAUUAUUUAAAAUAAAAUAAUGUUGCAAUUAAAAAUGUGUACUGUGUAUUUUAUAAGUGAAGUUAAAUGUGUAGUGUAAUUUUAUAAUUAUUUAUUAUAAAAUAUAUAAAAAUGGAAAAAGUGGAAAAAGAUAAAAAAAAUCUAGACAUUACCAAUGAAGAAACCGAUUCAAUGGAAAUAAUACCGCGACCCGCGCCAAAACCUUUUACUAUAGAAAGUUUAAUUGGCAAUAGAGGGCAAAUAAUAAAUAAUGUGGAUAAUUCAAAUAAUAAUAAAUUAAAGGGUAAUGAUGAGUCUGAACGUGAGAGAGAAUUACUUUAUCAGCAACGAUGUCUUGCUACAGUAACCAGUGCUUUACCAGGAUUUGCAAUGCCAUUGAGUUUAUACAGUGCAGCAUACAAUUGGUUACCGAUGAGAAUUCAUGGUGGUGAUGGUGGCAUAACGUGUGGGCCACUGAUCCCACCACAUCCGUCGGCGAACUAUCCUUCACAUCAAAAUAAUCAUCCGUUGUCGUCAAAUGGUUUAAACUUAAGUCUCAAUGGACUUCAACAUCAUCUACAAGGUGCCAUUUAUCCUGGCCACCGCGAUUCCUCCUGCAACAUUAAUAACAACGCUGUAAUGACUGACAGUGAAGAAGAUGACGGGAGUUUAUCUCCAGUUCAGUAUCUCUCUAAAUCACAACACGACUCAGAGAGCGGUAGAAUGUCAGCUGAAAGUGACGACGAGGGUGUUAAUGACAGCGUAAGUGGACGACGAGAGUCAUCAAAUUCAGCAGGAUCCACAUCCGCAAGUAAUAGCAAAGCAAGAAGAAGAAGAACAGCUUUCACAUCCGAGCAAUUACUUGAGCUCGAGCGUGAAUUUCACGCAAAAAAGUAUCUAAGUCUGACAGAGCGCUCGCAUAUUGCCAACACCUUGAAACUAUCCGAGGUCCAGGUGAAAAUUUGGUUCCAAAACCGGCGCGCUAAAUGGAAACGAGUCAAAGCUGGAUUGACAGCCGGCAGCGCGAGUUCUGUCGGCCGGAACGGACACAAUGGUCAGCCCGGUAAUGGACCGCGUAUCGUCGUACCCAUUCCCGUGCACGUAAGCAGGCUUGCAGUCCGCUCCCACCAUCACCAUCUAGAAAAAUGCCCCCAGCCAGCGCCCAAUAGGUCCACGAAUUCACCCUCCAUCAGCGCUGGACUAAGAUUAGGCUCAAGUAUUUCGGGACUAAAUCACCAAUUAGGCUCCAAUGCCGGCUUACGAGCUUUCACUGCAGUACCAGUCCACCAACAGAGUACACCAGGAAGAUAGCCGAGCAUUUGAAUAUAAUUAGUCUCUAGUUAAUUAUCAUUAACAUUAGUUAUGUUUUAUUUUUUUUUCUAAAAUAUAGCAAUACAUUUUUUAAUGCCA